CUCUGCGGGGGUGGGGGUGGAGCUGCAGCCGCCUGGAGCCGGGAGUGGGCAAAGCGGCGUGAGCAGCGGCCCCAGGCUCCAGGAGCAUCGCGCUCGGAGAAGAUUUCGCCGCUCGGGGCCGCAGCCUGUGUGAUCUCAUCGCCGCCCUGUCGUGACUUCAUCAAUGUCGUGUUGUGACCUGGCUGCGGCGGGACAGUUGGGCAAGGCGGGCAUCAUGGCCUCGGAUUGUGAGCCAGCUCUGAACCAGGCAGAGAGCCGAAACCCCACCCUGGAGCGCUACCUGGGAGCCCUCCGUGAGGCCAAGAAUGACAGUGAGCAGUUUGCAGCCCUGCUGCUAGUGACCAAGGCAGUCAAAGCAGGUGACAUCGAUGCCAAAACUCGGCGGCGGAUCUUCGAUGCCGUAGGCUUCACCUUCCCCAAUCGUCUCCUGACCACCAAGGAGGCACCAGAUGGCUGCCCCGACCAUGUUCUCCGAGCCCUGGGUGUGGCCCUGCUGGCCUGCUUCUGCAGUGACCCUGAACUGGCCUCCCAUCCCCAGGUCCUGAACAAGAUCCCCAUCCUUAGCACCUUCCUCACUGCCCGGGGGGACCCGGAUGAUGCUGCUCGCCGUUCCAUGAUUGACGACACCUACCAGUGCCUGACAGCUGUGGCAGGCACACCCCGUGGCCCCCGGCACCUCAUUGCUGGUGGCACCGUGUCUGCCCUGUGUCAGGCAUACCUGGGGCAUGGCUAUGGCUUUGACCAGGCCCUGGCACUCCUAGUGGGGCUGCUGGCUGCUGCUGAGACCCAGUGCUGGAAGGAGGCGGAGCCCGACCUCCUGGCCGUGUUGCGGGGCCUCAGUGAAGAUUUCCAGAAAGCUGAGGAUGCCAGCAAGUUUGAGCUCUGCCAGCUGCUGCCCCUCUUUCUGCCCCCAACAACCGUGCCCUCUGAAUGCCUCCGGGAUCUGCAGGCCGGGCUGGCACGCAUCCUGGGCAGCAAGCUGAGCUCCUGGCAGCGCAACCCUGCACUAAAGCUGGCAGCCCGCCUGGCGCACGCCUGCGGCUCCGACUGGAUCCCAGCGGGCAGCUCCGGGAGCAAGUUCCUGGCCCUGCUGGUGAAUCUGGCAUGUGUGGAGGUACGGCUGGCACUGGAGGAGACAGGCACAGAAGUAAAAGAGGAUGUGGUGACCGCCUGCUACGCCCUCAUGGAGUUGGGGAUCCAGGAAUGCACCCGCUGUGAGCAGUCACUGCUCAAGGAGCCACAGAAGGUGCAGCUCGUGAGCAUCAUGAAGGAGGCCAUCGGGGCUGUCAUCCACUAUCUGCAGCAGGUGGGGCCAGAGAAGCAGAAGGAGCCCUUUGUGUUUGCUUCGGUGCGGAUCCUGGGGGCCUGGCUGGCCGAGGAGACCUCAUCCCUGCGCAAGGAGGUCUGCCAGCUGCUGCCCUUCCUUGUGCGCUAUGCCAAGACCCUCUACGAGGAGGCCGAGGAGGCGAAUGACCUCUCCCAGCAGGUGGCCACCCUGGCCAUCUCCCCCACCACCCCAGGGCCCACCUGGCCAGGGGAUGCUCUCCGGCUCCUUCUGCCCGGCUGGUGCCACCUGACCGUUGAAGAUGGGCCCCGGGAGAUCCUGAUCAAGGAGGGAGCCCCCUCACUUCUGUGCAAGUAUUUCUUGCAGCAGUGGGAACUCACAUCCCCAGGCCAUGACACCUCAGUGCUGCCUGACAGUGUGGAGAUCGGCCUGCAGACCUGCUGUCAUAUCUUCCUCAACCUUGUGGUCACCGCACCAGGGCUGAUCAAGCGAGACGCCUGCUUCACAUCUCUUAUGAACACCCUGAUGACGUCGCUGCCCUCACUAGUGCAGCAGCAAGGGAGGCUGCUUCUGGCUGCCAAUGUGGCCACCCUGGGCCUUCUCAUGGCCCGGCUCCUCAGUACCUCUCCAGCUCUUCAGGGAACACCAGCGUCCCGAGGUUUCUUCGCAGCUGCCAUCCUCUUCCUAUCACAGUCCCAUGUGGCGCGGGCCACACCUGGCUCAGACCAGGCGGUGCUGGCCCUGUCCCCCGACUACGAGGGCGUCUGGGCCGACCUGCAGGAGCUCUGGUUCCUGGGUAUGCAGGCCUUCACAGGCUGUGUGCCCCUGCUGCCCUGGCUGGCCCCAGCCGCCCUGCGCUCCCGCUGGCCACAGGAGCUGCUCCAGCUGCUGGGCAGCGUCAGCCCCAACUCUGUCAAGCCCGAGAUGGUCGCCGCCUAUCAGGGCGUCCUGGUGGAGCUGGCACGGGCCAACCGGCUGUGCCGGGAGGCCAUGAGGCUACAGGCGGGUGAGGAGACAGCCAGCCACUACCGCAUGGCUGCCCUGGAGCAGUGCCUGUCAGAGCCCUGAGCAGGUGUCCACUGGGGACAGACCCAGGGGCGGGCAGCGAGGGAAGGAGGGAGGAGGCAUCUUCCCUGAAGCUCCCAAACUGGACCCCCCUCCCUAGACUCCCCCCACACACACACACAACAUCCCAGCUUUCUGGCUUUUCCGAGGGCAAGGGCACAGUGCCCGUCCCUCAAGUGUAAGGAACUGCGUCCCGCCCCCCGGGCCCCCAUGGGGGCAGGGAUUGGCUUGAAAAUCAACAUAGCUAUCGCUGCCAGGCCGGGGAAUGUUGGAGCAGCCCCCAGGGAGGGGGGCACUAGGUGUCAUUGUGCCCUGUGUCAGACUCCCCCACGGGAGGGAGGCCCCAGGAUGGGAUAGGGCUGGCAGGAGCUGGCUGCCUCAGCCCAUGUGCCCUGCCGGCCAGGGCGUGGGCUCCCCUAGGCUGUGGUGCCCCCUCUAGCCUCCCAGUCCACGUCCUUCCAAUUGGCCAUUUGGCCCUUGCCCUUAGCCCCUUGGCAGAGAGCAGACUCAGGCCAUUGACAUCGCAGUUCUUCCUAUCAACUUCAGUGACCCAGGGUCUGAACUGCCUCAUCCUUCCAGGGAGACCUGGGGCAGACAGGCCUGGUGUGUGGGUGGGGAAACCUCCUUCCACCUGAGCUUCCUUGAGGGGACCCAGGAGUCCUUAGGCCCUGGCCUCUAAGCUUUUGUGUCAUGUUGCAGCAGAGUGACGAUGGGGGUUGGGGGGUUAUUUAUUUUGCCUGUCCUUAUCCCUGCUUGGACACCUGAGCAUCUGAUCCCUGUCCUCCUAGUGCCAUCUGGCUUGACUGGAGCCAGGAACAGGAGGGACACUUCUCCAGAAUCCGCAUGUUUCCCUAGUGAUUGCACCCCAUCACCAUCGUGGUGCCUGGCUUUAAUCCCCACCCCUGCUUAGGAUCCCUCUCUGCAGAGAGACGCGACUGGCGACUCCAGCAGGGACUACUUUUCUUAUGAUCCCGGGGGACCCCCCACACACAACCUGAUCCCUUGCUUCCAUUUCCCCCUUCCUUCCCCCAGUGCGUUCUGUGAUCGCCAAGUUCAAAGCUGUGCACAUGCGGACACUCAAUAAAUGUUCAUUGGUGACAA